AUGGAACAAAAAUCUCCCGAUGACGGCUAUGCGGAUUUUGUUAUCGUUGGCGCUGGGAUAUCUGGCAUCAACUUCGCCUAUCGAAUUCAGUCAUCGUGUCCGUCACUUUCGUAUAUGAUCUUGGAAGCCCGUGAUGCGAUAGGGGGCACCUGGGACCUAUUCAAAUACCCUGGCAUCCGGUCGGAUUCUGAUCUAUACACCUUUGGAUUCUCCUGGUAUCCGUGGACCGAGGAUCGUGCGAUUGCAGAUGCUGAGAGCAUCAGGCGGUAUCUGGCAAAGGCUACCAACAGCGCACAGAUUAAUCCCCAUAUUCGUUUCAAACACAAAGUUCUCUCCGCAAGUUGGAGGGACGAGGACGCUCUAUGGAAGUUGAGGGUAGAGAAUGGAGGUGAGGUAAAGCGUAUGCAAUGUCGAUAUCUAAUUUUCGGCACCGGAUACUACGACUAUGAGCAUGCUCUUCCUGCUGAAAUCCCUCAGAUUGACUGUUUCAAAGGGACUGUAGUACACCCGCAGUUCUGGCCAGAGGACCUAGAUUACUCGGGAAAAAAUAUCGUGAUUAUAGGGUCUGGUGCUACAGCUGUUACUCUGCUUCCGAGCCUUUCCCAAACAGCGUCCCAUGUCACCAUGCUGCAGCGCAGUCCCACCUACAUUUUUUCCAUGAUAAAUCGAACCCCGCCACUUUUGAAACGCCUAUUACCUAGUUUUCUACUUUUUUCAUUCUUACGAUCUUUUUCUCUGGCCAUAAUGAUACUGUCAUUUGAACUCUGUCGUUUAUUUCCUCGUCUUUCACGGCACCUCAUUAAAUUAGCGACACAGCAGAAGCUACCGCCUAAUAUCCCGCAUGACCCCCAUUUCAACCCGCGAUAUAGUCCAUGGGAACAGCGUCUCUGUGUUGCUCCUGAUGAUGACUUUUUCGAAAGUCUUCGAUCAGGGAAAGGACAUGUUGCUACCGGAAAUAUUAAGGGGUUUACUGAAAAUAGUAUUGUUUUGGAUACCGGGGAGACUCUUGAUAAUGUUGAUAUUGUUGUUACCGCUACCGGGCUCAAGCUCUUGUUUGGAGGCAAUAUACAGAUCGAAGUGAAUGGUCAAAAGCUCGACCCAUCGCAAAAAUUCGUAUGGCGAGGCUGUAUGAUACAAGAUGUGCCAAACUCCUGCUUCGUGAUGGGCUACACGAGUGCGUCCUGGACGUUGGGCGCAGACUCAACUGCUAUACUGUUUUGCCGACUUGUUCAGAAUAUGCAGAAGACCGGCAGGCUAACGGUUAGGCCGUGCGGAGAUGUGUCAAUGAAAACUGUGCCACUGCUGAAUCUCAAUAGUACCUAUAUUAAAAAGGCAUCAGAAGGGUUGCCAAAAGCUGGUGAUAAAGGCCCAUGGAAACCAAGGCGCAGCUAUUAUAUAGAUUACUGGGUUUCACGCUGGGCAGGAUUGAAGGAUGGGUUGACAUUUUCGUGA